GGGCGCGCGGGCCGGCCCCGGGGCCUCCAUGAUGGAGGAGCGAGCGGCCGCCGCUGCCGCCGCCGCCGCUUCCUCCAGCCGCCCACUCGGCUCCGGCGCGGGCCCGGGCCCGACGGGGGCGGCUCCGGUCUCUGCCCCCGCCCCCGGGCCCGGCCCGGCUGCCAAGGGAGGCGGCGGCGGAGGCAGCCCCGGCCCCACGGCGGGGCCGGAGCCCCUGAGCCUGCCGGGGAUCCUACACUUUAUCCAGCACGAGUGGGCGCGCUUCGAAGCGGAGAAGGCCCGCUGGGAGGCGGAGCGCGCCGAGUUACAGGCUCAGGUGGCCUUCCUCCAGGGAGAAAGGAAGGGGCAAGAGAAUCUCAAGACAGACCUGGUGCGGCGGAUCAAGAUGUUAGAAUAUGCACUGAAGCAGGAGAGGGCCAAAUAUCAUAAAUUGAAAUUUGGGACAGACCUGAACCAGGGAGAGAAGAAACCCGAACUGUCAGAACAAGUCUCCAAUGGCCCCGUGGAGUCGGUCACCCUGGAGAACAGCCCGCUGGUGUGGAAGGAGGGGCGGCAGCUUCUCCGACAGUACCUGGAAGAGGUGGGCUACACAGACACCAUCCUGGACAUGCGGUCCAAGCGCGUGCGGUCCCUCCUGGGCCGUUCGUUGGAGCUCAACGGGGCCGUGGAGCCCAGUGAAGGGGGCCUCAGGACUACACCGGGCCCUGGGGGACUCAGUGGCGGUGAGUCGCUGCUGGUGAAACAGAUCGAGGAGCAGAUCAAGAGGAACGCAGCCGGCAAAGAUGGCAAAGAGCGCCUGGGUGGCUCAGUGCUGGAGCAGAUCCCCUUCCUGCAGAACUGCGAGGAUGAGGACAGUGACGAGGACGACGAGCUGGACAGCGUGCAGCACAAGAAGCAGCGGGUGAAGCUGCCGUCCAAGGCCCUGGUACCUGAAAUGGAGGAUGAAGACGAAGAGGAUGACUCAGAGGAUGCCAUCAACGAAUUUGAUUUCCUGGGCUCCGGGGAGGACGGGGAGGGCUCUCCAGACCCUCGGCGGUGCGCUGGAGAGGGCACCCACCAUGAACUGGAAAGUCGGCGGGUCAAACUCCAGGGAAUUUUGGCCGACCUUCGGGAUGUGGAUGGGCUGCCCCCCAAAGUGACAGGCCCACCGCCUGGCACACCCCAGCCCCGGCCACACGAAGGUUCCUUUGGCUUCUCCUCAGACGUUUUCAUCAUGGACACUAUCGGGGGCGGGGAGGUGAGCCUGGGGGACUUGGCAGAUCUCACCGUCACCAACGACAACGACCUCAGCUGCGAUCUGUCUGACAGCAAAGAUGCCUUCAAGAAGACCUGGAACCCCAAAUUCACCCUCCGUUCACACUACGAUGGCAUCCGCUCCCUGGCUUUCCACCACAGCCAGUCAGCUUUGCUUACCGCCUCCGAGGACGGCACGCUCAAGCUCUGGAACCUGCAGAAGGCGGUCACGGCCAAGAAGAAUGCUGCGCUAGACGUGGAACCUAUCCACGCCUUCCGGGCUCACAGGGGGCCCGUGCUGGCGGUAGCCAUGGGCAGCAGCAGCGAGCACUGUUACAGUGGCGGGGCAGAUGCCCGCAUCCACAGCUGGAAGAUUCCAGACCUCAACAUGGACCCCUACGACGGUUACGACCCAAGUGUGUUGAGCCACGUCCUGGAGGGCCAUGGGGACGCAGUGUGGGGCCUGGCCUUCAGUCCCGCCUCCCAGCGCCUGGCCUCCUGCUCUGCCGACGGCACGGUCCGCAUCUGGGACCCCAGCAGCAGCAGCCCCGGCUGCCUCUGUACCUUUCCCACAGCCAGCGAUCACGGGAUCCCCACCUCAGUGGCCUUCACCAGCACCGAGCCGGCCCACAUCGUGACCUCCUUCCGCUCUGGCGACACUGUCCUGUAUGACCUGGAGGCUGGCAGUGCCCUCCUUACACUGGACUCCCGGGGGAGCAGCGGUAAGCGCCGCUUCUGUGGCUUUGGUGACCUGGUGCCCAGUCAGCAGAAGGUGGUGCCCCCCAACGCCCCCCUCGGGGGCUCUGAGUGGGAAGGAGAUGAGGUCCAGUCACUGCCCUUACAGACGCACAGGGCGCUCGGGAGGGCGGAGGAGAGAGACCUCGUGAGGGCCUCACCCCUGGGCCACAGUCUUCAUGUCCAUUGUCCCUGCUCAUUGUCCCUGCUCUUCCCCCAGCAGCUGUGUCCUGUGCACAGAGGGAGCAUGGGCUCCCAGGGCAGGGAGCGGCCAGGCUGCCUGGGGCGCAGGCCUGCCUGGGAUUGCGGCUCUCUCCUAUCCUUUGCCCUGGUCUCCCUGAUGCCCCCUGCCCUCUUCGCCUCUCCCUUUUUCCUUUCAGGCCCAACCCAGAUCAACCAGGUGGUGAGUCAUCCAAACCAGCCCCUCACCAUCACCGCCCAUGACGACAGAGGCAUCCGCUUCCUGGACAACCGGACAGGGAAAUCCGUGCACUCCAUGGUUGCCCACCUGGAUGCAGUCACCUGCCUAGCCGUGGACCCCAAUGGUGUCUUCCUGAUGUCAGGAAGCCAUGACUGCUCCCUGCGACUGUGGAGCCUGGACAAUAAAACGUGCGUUCAGGAGAUCACGGCCCACCGCAAGAAGCACGAGGAGGCCAUCCACGCUGUCGCCUGCCACCCUAGCAAGGCCCUCAUUGCCAGUGCUGGCGCCGACGCCCUGGCCAAGGUCUUCGUAUGAUGCCCACCCGGCCCCGCCCAGGCCGCCACACUGGCUGCGGAGCGGGCCGGGCAGGUGGGACUGAGGUGACUCCCAGCCUCAGUCUGGAGGCCCAGAGGCCUGGAGGCCCGGCUUCUUCCUGCCUGCCUUGGAGCCUGGUGGUGCUAAGGGCCCUUUCCCCAGGAGGCCCUCCCCACGGCCCUUCCCCGAGCCUCCAGCCGGGGCGGCAGCCUCCUUCAGGAAUCGCCCUCCAGGAUGGCCUCUGGGAAUUUUCUCUUCACCCUGACACCCUCUCCGGGUCUCUGAGCUGCCUUCUCGGGGGCCACACAACCAGGGCUGGGUGUCCUUGGGGAUCAGCUUUUCCAAGAUGCCAGAAGGUGCCAGGUUCUCUCUUUGAACCCCUGACCCUCCUCCCCACCUCCAUGGACCCAGGUGGGAGUUGUGCUGGGAGGAGCCCGAGUCCCCCAUUCGCUCAGAGGGGGCUGGGGCCGGGCAGCCAGCUGCCGGCAGGGUUGCUGGCAAGACAACCCCAGAGGCGCGCCCAGCAAACCGCCUCCCCCUCCAGCUUCCUCAGCACAGCUUUCCAGACACUACCCAUGGCCUCUGGGGCCGGUCACUGCCUGGGGAGCAGGUGAUGCCCUCGGGGGAGGUGCCCGCCCCUACCUCCCCCAACCCUCCUCCAAGGGCAGCUCCCCCAACCCCCAUGGGGUCACCCAUGGGGAGAGAUGGCCUUCUCUUGCCCCUCCCAGGGGCAUGGAGGGUGGAGUGGGGUCCCCCAGUCCCCCAUAACUCCCUGUAUAUCUGUAUAAAUAAAUGGGAUUUUAAUGGAGCCCCACCCCCACCCAUGUCGUUAUCACUGUGUGAUAGUCUGUCGUCUCUGCUCCUGGCCCUGCCCUUCACGCUCUUCCUCUAUUUAUUUCACUCUUUUUUGGGUUCCACCCUGUGCCCUCAGCCCCCUUCCAGGUUCCUGUUUAUAAGCCCCAUCCCUUCUGCCCUGGACUUGUUGUAUGUGAAACUUGUCUCAAUAAACCCUUUGGAGUAAGA